GGAGGAGGAGGGCUGUUUUCAAACCCGACGGCCACAGCGGGGCCGGGGCUGAGCGGCUGCGCGCGGCGGGAGGCGGCGGCGGCGGCGGAGCUCCGGGCCGGGAGGAGGUAAGGAGCGGCCGCGCCCCUCGCUCUCCUCACGGCGGGGCACCCUCAGGUGCUGCCCUGCUCGGCGCGGCGGGGCGCGGCGGCUGUCAGCCUGUCAGCGCCGCGCGGAGCCAUGGCCGCCGCUGUCACCCGCCGCCGGGCUGGCCGAGAGCCGGCGGGCGGCGGUUCCCCGGGGGGAGGCAGGGAGAGAGAGAGGCGGCGGGGCGCCGCCCGCCCGGGGGAGCGGCGCCGGGGCCGCGCCGUGCCGCCCGCCUCGGAGCCGGGGCUUCCGUUGACGGCGGCCGCGGCGCCCCGCGGGCGGCUGUCAGCGGAGCGCGGCCCCGGCGAUGUGGAGGAGCCCGCGCGUGGCGCGGCACAGGUGGCACCGGGCAACAAAGGGAGGGCGAGAGCGGCGGGUACGGCGGCGGGCAGCUUGUGGCACUGCCGGGUUCGGCUCGUGUGCGGGCUUUUGUUCGGUUUUAAGGACCGGGCUGCUGGUAGGGAGCGAAACAAUUCCAUUGUAUUCCGUUUAUUCCGUUUAUUUUAUUCCGUUUGAUUCCGCUGUACUUCGUGUAUCGCCUAUUAUUCCGUUUAUCUCCCCACACGAGCGGCUGGGGGUUUGGUGGAAGCAGCCCGGCAGCCUUUGCCGUAUUCUGCACCUUUGUUUUGUGGGUGUGGAAGGAGAUGGGAAUUUCAUGCCUCCGAGUUCCAGGAGAGCCGAUGGGAUAAAAGCAGCACUAAUAAAGAGCAGCGAGUGAGUUGUGAUGCUCGCAGGAACACAAAGCUGUCAGACAGAUGUGCGGCAGCCCAAGUGUCACGGCGUUCCAGGAAAAACUGUUUAAUCCUGGAGCGGGGGGGAAAGGGUGAGGUCAUCGUGUCUAUAAGAAAUCAUUAACGCUCAUUAAAAUAAUUCACCGUUAUCGAUGUGGGAAGAUUUGAGGGGAGACGCUUCCCUGGUUCCGCAGCGCUUGGGUGGAUUUCAGCACGCAGCUUGACGGCAGCUUGCUCACGUCUCAAGCCUUAGGGCUGGGAUGUGGUGAGAUACCCACAGGGGGUGUGCAGCUGGGAAGGGCUCAGCGCACACUGCCACCUGAAGUUCGGUGGGAUGGCAUCUCUGGAGUAACAGGUCUUUAAAAUGAUGUGAGACAGCAGGGCAUCUCACCUGUUGUGGCUUCUUCAGGCUCGUGCAGAUGUUGGAGGUCGCUCGCUGCUCUUAAUUCUUUAGUUGAAACCACAGAUUGUCAGCCAACCUUCAUCUCAUCCUGUGUCAGCUCUGUAGGUCGCACUGCGAGCUUGAGGAAUUGUCCAGGUGAAACUGCGGGGUUUGAGCUAUGGCAGAAUGCUGCGUUGGGAAGGCAGCACUAAACCCAUUCACCGUCCUUUCUUUUUUCCCCUAAAUACUUUGUCUUUCCUGCACACAUCUCGCAAGCUUAAAAAGUCGAGGAGUACAGCUGUUUUUCUCAGUACCCAGAGGACCGUGGUGGCAUUCUUGUGGUGGGGUCAGUGUUUUGCUGGGUGGUGUGUGAGUGCCUUCUCUCGUUUGCUUCUUAGUAAGCCCUGAGCCUGGCUGGCGUGCCAGAGGGUGGUCAGAGAGCCAUUCAUCCUUUCAGAAGGGAUGACGUCUGGAUCUGAAAGAUAGAAGGAUUUCUGCCUAUCCAUUGCCAUCUCUUUGUGUGUUCUUCGCCCACUCAGGCGUUUAUUCAAAAUUAUUUGUGAACUCUGAAUACUACAGACAGCAAAACUUGGGACAGAUGUUGUGUAAGAAAGCAGGCUGCGUGCAACAAAUGACAUUCAUGUAAGGUUUAUUCCAGCCAGGCUUGCGCAAUAGGUAGCUUCUUUGAGGAAAAGGACUUUUAAUAAGCAGCCUGAAUGAGUGCUUGCAUGAAGCAUCAGAGUUUAUUUGGCAUUAGUUGGGGGUGUUACUUUGUUACCACUUAAGUUAGAAUUGAAAGCAUAUACUGAAAAUGAAAUACCCGUCUUUAUUAAACACAGAUUAUCAGUUGUAGGCUGAAGCAGCAGUUCAUUUGCAUCACUGGGGGUCUGUUUAAAUUGCUACAAAACUCAGAAACCUGCAGCUCUAACUUUGCAAGGUAGGGGAGUCCUGGGUAUCCUCUUGCUGAAGCACUGGCACCUGGGAAUGGCUGAGCUGGAGCUUCUUCCUCGGUACUGAGUGUACAGAUGCAUGAAAAUAAGUUCUGCUUGUUGAACUGAUUUGCUGUGUUCAGACUACCUUAGUGUGGUGAAAUUGCCCGAAAGACCAGUGUCGUUGGUCCUCUUUUACAACUGGAAAGAGCUAUUGAUCACCAAAUAUGUAAUGAUUAACCUGCAGUGUUAAUAUCCACAUCCAGAACAAAUUACUUUUGGCUUUUUUUUUAAUCUUUUGAAGAAAUAAGCUAGAUGUGAAUGUUUGGCAUCUCUUUCUCUUGCCUGUUCUUUUGCAGAUGGAGCAGCAUAAAUGUUGAUUGGUCAUUUAGUCUCCAGACUCUUAUGUUUUAGCUACAUCAUUAGAUUCUACUUAGACUCCAGUGACAGAUGGCAUGAAAUAAAUAUUAGCACAAACUCUAUCUUGCAUUUUACGUUAUGACACUGAAUAGUUUUAUUAACAGAAUAACAGGAGUCAGAGCCCAGUUAACAUGGUCUUUUUUUUUCCUUACAAGUUAAUUAUUGUUCCAGAACCUGGAGAAAUCCUGGGAAGUUCCUCAAGCAGAUCAUUGAGCUGUGCUUGGUAGCGUAGCUAUGCAGUUGAGGAUCUUUAUUGUCACCUUGUAUGAAACCUAAACAUUAAUUUAAAGAGAGGCUGGGAGCCAUUGAGAGCUGGUAUGACUUUGCUGUGGCUUAUUUUGGGUUAUCUCCCCGAGUCUGACAAAGCGCCCUUUUAUCUGCAGCUUGCACUUUUAUCUUUUGCAAGCAGCAAAUGAAGAAACUCUCCUCAGCUUCAUGGAGCUAUCUGAAGCAGCUGAGCAUACAAUGUUGCAAGGGGAUUGGUUUCACUCCGUUUUAUGCCAAGAAAAGCCAUAGUCCAUACAGAGGCACAAUCAUAAAUUAUGUUAGAGGCAAAAAGUAAGGAUACUGGAACCACCUUCUUCUUGCCCUGUCUUGCAUCAGUGAGGCUGGAAAAUAAUAGAGAUAGAAAGCACCUUUCCCCUGCCUUCAGGUUUCAGAAAGUAUUAAGAAAGAAGGCCUGGAGCACAGGCCUUAUGAGGAGCGGCUGAAGGAGCUGGGAUUGUUCAGUCUGGAGAAGAGGAGGCUCAGGGGAGACCUUAUUGCUCUCUAUAACUACCUGAGGGGAGGUUGUAGUGAGCUGGGAGUUGGCCUCUUCUCUUGUGUAACAGUGAUAGGACCAGAGGGAAUGGCUUCGAGCUGCACCAAGGAAGGUUCAGGAAAUACUACUUCUCUGAAAGGGUGGUCAAGCACUGGGAUGGGCUGCCCAGGGAGGUGGUGCAGUCACCGACCCUGGAGGCGUUCAAGGAACAUUUGGACAUUGUGUUGAGGGACAUGGUUUAGUGAGAACCAUUGGUGAUGGUUGGACUGGGUGAUCCUGUGGGUCUUUUCCCACCUUGGUGAUUCUAUGAUUCUAAACCAAGCAGUGUUUUGUUGUUUGAGAAGUAUUGUUCAGGGAGAAAUCUGAGUGAGUUCCAUCACUUGAUGGCAGCAGCAAUGAGCUUGCUUGCAUUAAGACACUUCCGCUAGUUUCCCAUCUCUUUCUUUUACAUCCUACUUAAUGGGUAUCUGGCCUUUCAAACUCUUCAAGCACUGAUUAGACAGAUUGCAUUCUGGCUGGUGAAGCUGAAAUAUUUUUCUCUUGUUUACGUUCACUUGAAGAUCUUGUUCAAAAAGAAUGCUAACUGAGAAAAAUCAGCUUUCUGUGGUGCUCUGUGCUGUUCAGCAAUCUAAUCUGGGUUCUUACUGCUAGUUUGCAGAUAAGGAAAAAAGGGAAAGUUUGUUUCCUGGUAUUUUCUUUUGAGAAGAACAGACUCUAACAUGGUCUUGACAGCCAUAUUACUUCUUAAAACUUAAAAAAAAAAAAAAAAAAUUGUCUUGAAAAUCACUUGUUCUGUGUCUUCCAAUCCCUUCAACUUCCCGGUGACAUAGAAACAUUAAUGAGGGUUAAAUGCAUUACUCACUGUAGUUUUGCAGCUCUGAAUAGUUACACUGUAUGCAAAGGAAGUUCUAGCUAUUCUCCAUUCCUCUCCAUCUGUUCCACCACUCUCUUUUCCAGCAAAGAAAAAUUAUUUCUGUAAGGAAACUGUUAUUUUGUUCUGUUGCUUACAUGAUACAUGGUGAUGGCCAUGAGACAGCAGUAUAGGCUGUUGAAGGUGUUUUGCACGCCUUCACAAACUAGCCAGGACAAAAACCUCAGUUACACAGCUGGGGAGCUGUAAGUCUAGUCAGAAGUUUGAUCUUUAUUUUCAUUUUUUUCUGCAUCUGCUGUUUGAGAUCUCACCAAUAAUCAGACACACGUGAACAAACCAUUUACCACGAUGGAUCCUGCUGAAGUUGAAGGACGAUGAAUGGCUUGGGCAGUUCGUCUGCUUUUAGGCCACAAAGGGCUUCUGUGUGCUUUAGGUGCUGUUCCUCCAGGAAUGCUGCAGGACAGUUGUGGCUCUUCCUGUUUCUAGGUUAGCUAAUUAUCAGAGAAGCUAAUGAGGGCUUAAAUGGAAAUUACAGAGGUUCUAGGAAUAUUGUAUAGAAUGGACCUGGAAUCUCUGGGCUUACAAAUCUUUACUAAGUUACUAAAGGGAUUGUAGAUCCCUGUAGAAGAAGGUUAAACUUGGUCAUAGAUCUGCUUUAAGUUUUUCUUUGGCAGACACUGUACCUAUGGAACAGCCUUAGCUGACCAAGAUUUAUUUUGUUGCAUCUUUAGGGAAUAAGCAGUAGAUCAAAACUGAGGCUUACAACUCCACUUCUCCAUUUAGCUUAAAGGGAGUAUCAUUACGUUCAGCAUCUGUGCAGGUGCUUCCUUUGAGCCCAGAGCUCAUCCUAAAAAAGAGUCGAGAGGAAGCACCUGUGACCAUGCAAGGUUUUUAGACUUUGUAGAUCAAAAGGCAAGACUCGUCAUGGAUUUUGCAAUAAGUGUCUUCAGCUCCUGACGCUUAGGCAGGCAUGACUCUUUUCUUUUCUCUCCCAGAAUGGGUUUCCUCCUCAUUGGAUUGAGAAAAUCCUUUAUUUUGAGAGACUGUCUGGAAUAAAGAGAAAGCCCAUCAGGCACUCUAGAGCUUGUGUAUAUCUGCUUCUCAGAAUACGGAGAUGAAGGUUUUUCCAUAGACGCUUAUUUUGACAGCAAGUAUGGGCCUCAGUAAAAACAGGAUGCUUCCCAAUGUGUAUUCUACACAGCUGUCUUAAUGAUAUGAUUUAACUUGACUGUGCCAUCAGUACUCACAAGCUACACGGGUUUUUCGUUGGAAUAAAUGCUGUCCUGACUUCAUGGCAUAAGUUGCUGGCGAAUGGAAAAGACUUAAACCUUUUAAUAUGCUGAGCAUAUCAGCAGGAGGAGAGAACUGCCAGUGGACAUGCAGCCUCUGAGUUAAAGAACAGCUGUGUUUCUAAUUCACGAAACGGAAUCGUAGCCUUGCUGAGAUUGGAAGGCACUUCUGGAGGGCAUCCAGUCCGUCCCCCUGCUCAGAGCAGGGCCAGCAGAGCGGAUUGCUCAGAGCUGUGUCCAGUUGAACCUGGAAUUCAGCCUAACUGUGUGAAUAAAAUGCUGCUAAGUUUAGCUAGCCUGUUGAGAUUCCUUGCUGAAAGCUUGAUAAAUUCUAAAACUGUCAAGUGGCUUUCUUUCAAAUAGAACUCUUCCUCCAUCUCCACCCCCCCACACACCCCGCCCAACUGUUAUAGGUAAUGAAAUUAGUCAGGAAAAAUACAUUUUUAGUCACCAGAGGAUGCAGCCUCAUUGCACUACUUCUUGUUUGUGGUAGUCUUGUCAAGCUGUGGUAUGUUCUGCUAAGUUCUGCUUCUCAAUGAAGUCCUUUUUAUUUAUUUAUUUUUAAUAUAAAUGACGAAGUGCUUGCAUAAGUAAGACUUCUUCGUGCUUCAUCUUGCUUAUUAAAUAUGCAGUCUGCAGUUUCUCUCUCCCUCUUUUGCUCCCUCUGCCCCAAGAAGACAAACACCUGUAUUUAUUCUCUAUGUUGUUUGUAUUGGCACUUAAUUGAAGAAAGUCUCUUCCAGUGCCUGCAACUCAGACUAAGCUUCUGGGUGGAAAACUGAAAGUGAAAGGAAUUUUCUACUGCAGAAGAUAAACAAUAAGUAUCUAGAGCAUAAAUACUGAUAAGAGUAUUUCUUCUGAUGUAAUCUCCGAGUAUCGAUAACACCUGAAAAGAAGCUUAGUGUUUUUGAUCCGUCAGAAUUCCUCUCGAGAAAAACAAGUAUUUCUUCCAGCAGUUGUAUUUGUGGUUCUCGUUGUCAUCUGCUUUCUUGCCAGCACUUCCUGGCAGAAUGAUCAGCCAUAUGUAAAACAAGUAAUGCUCGUGUCUUCCGUGAACAGAUGUGGGGUUGGUCUUGGAGCAGAGAAAUGAGUGUGAGAGUAAGCAAUGCUGACAAUAAUCCUUCGGGUUCAGCCGGCUGCAGUUCCCUGCUGACCCACAGGGAGAAAUGCUGGGAAUGCUGUAGGGAUGGUGGCUGUGGCUCAGAAGGAAUGAUAUCCCAUGUCACUAGGUGGGAGCCGCUCCAGCCCGACUGGAAUGGGAGUCAGUAUCGGUGACUUCUGUUAAGCAGGUUUGUCACUGGCCUGGGGAGAGGGAAUGCUUUUGUUGGCUCAUUUCUGUUUUGUCGUUGAUGCCGGUAGAGAUAUCCCAUAAAUGUAUGCUUCUUACAUCGUGUAUCUCCUAGGCAGGGAGAGGUUGUGCACCUACCUAUGUGCGUAAAGAGAAACGUCUACACAAGUCUUUUGAGAUCAGGAAGGAUGUUUUACUUCUGAAUCAUUCCAAGCUGUUCUUUGAGACACACAAUGAACCCACUGAUACAAGAUACAGCUAGUAAACACCUAUAAAAUGCCCAAAUCUGGAUCUACAAAAACAGCUCAAAUAGAAAAUUCUGACAGUGAUAGCACCAUGGUGGAAAAACCAGCUGCAAGAAAGAGCAAGGACAAGAUUGCAUCCUACAGCAAAUCUCCAAAAGUGGAUAGGAGUGAUGUGGGGAAGGAGAUGAAAGAAAAGUCUUCCAUGAAACGUAAACUUCCUUUUACUAUUAGUCCAUCCAGAAAUGAAGAUCGCAAUUCAGACACAGAGAAGGAAGGUCCGGAGAAAAAGAAAGUGAAGAAGGAUGCUGGAAAUAAGAAGUCAACACCAGUUAGCAUUCUUUUUGGCUAUCCUCUGUCAGAGCGCAAACAGAUGGCACUUCUUAUGCAGAUGACAGCAAGAGACAACAGUCCAGAUUCCAACUUGAAUCAUCCUCUGCAAACAACACCAGCACAAAAGAAAACUCCAAGCUCCUCUUCCAGACAAAAAGACAAAGUUAACAAGAGGAAUGAACGAGGGGAAACUCCUUUACAUAUGGCAGCAAUUAGAGGGGAUGUUAAACAAGUUAAGGAGCUUAUCAGUUUAGGUGCAAAUGUGAAUGUAAAAGAUUUUGCAGGUUGGACACCACUGCAUGAAGCUUGUAAUGUUGGUUACUAUGAUGUUGCUAAAGUCCUGAUUGCAGCAGGAGCUGACGUGAACACGCAGGGUUUGGAUGAUGAUACGCCGCUUCAUGAUUCUGCUAGUAGUGGGCAUAGAAAUAUUGUGAAGUUGUUGCUUCGACAUGGUGGAAAUCCAUUUCAGGCCAAUAAGCAUGGAGAGAGGCCUGUUGAUGUAGCUGAAACUGAAGAGCUGGAAAUGCUGUUGAAAAGGGAGGUACCUAUCUCUGAUGACGAGGACAGUUGCUCAGAUUCUGAAGAAGCUCCAUCUGUAAAUCCUUCCAGUGUAGAGGGAAAUGUUGACUCAGAAGUGGAAAAAGACUCUGUAGCCAACGGCAGCAAACAAAUUGUUCACAGUAAGGCACCACAUCCACCUGCACUUGAUGAAUAUGAGUUUAAAGAUGACGAUGAAGAUGAAAUGAAGAAAAUGAUUGAUGACAGACAUAUUCUUAGAAAAGAUGUAAGGAAAGAGGAUGAAACGGAAGUUGAAAAGAACAGCUUAUUUGCAAAACAAGACAAAGUUUCCUAUUCAAAAUCACUCAAAAACAAGAAACAGAAGCCAUCUAGAGUUUUGUAUUCAAGUUCCGAAAGCUCAGAUGAAGAAAUAGUCCAGGACAAGAAGAUAGUCUCUCCUUGUUCUGUUUCAGAGACGUCAAGUUCUGAUGUAAGAGCGAAGAAAGAAUGUGUUGUUACAAAUGAACACAAGCAAAAAGGCAAAGUUAAAAAGAAAGUAAAAAAUCAAAGUAAAAAUAAAGAGAAUCAAGAACUAAAGCAAGAAAAAGAAAAUGCUAGAGUAACAAAUAUAGCUGCUUCUGGGUUAGAUUCCUUAGAUAAAACUAGAGAUGAAGAAACAUUUAAGAAGUCUUUCAGCCAAAAAGACGAUUCUUCUUUACAACUAUUUCAUAUUGCUGCUGGCAAAUCUCCUAAGCAUCCCUGUGGAUUAAGUGAAAAGCAAGCAACAGCGUUAAAGCAAGAAAACACCAAAACUUGCUUAUCACCAGGAGGCUCUGAAAUAACAUUACAGCCUGAAUUAGUUCGGUGCGAUCACAGUGUGGAUUCUGAGUAUCUAGUAGAGAGCUCCAGUGGCAAAUCUUGUAAACAUAAAGAAAAAAGCAAGCAUCAUCAGAAAGAUUUUCAGUUAGAAUUUGGUGAAAAAUCUAGCCCUAAAAUUAAAGAUGAAGAUAAUAGCUCAACGUUUGAGAAUUCAGAGUAUACUCUGAGAAAGAUUGACAAGGAAGGUAAAGCACUUAAAAAGCAUAAAUUAAAACACAAAGAAAGAGAAAAAGAUAAGGACAAGAAGGAACAGGAUGGGGAAAAGGAAAAACAUAAACAUAAUAUUAAAGAGUCUCAAAGAAGUAUUGAGUUUGACAGAGAGUUUUGGAAAGAAAAUUUUUUCAAAAGUGAUGACAGUGAAGAUACACUGUUAAAUACAGAACAUGAAACUCUUCCUUCAGACAGAAAAUCGAAGUUGGAAAAAGCUGUGGCAAAAGAAGACAGGUUAGCUAAGGAGAGACAGUUCCACAAGGAAAGAAAUGCUAGAGAGGAGAGAGAGAAGAACAAAAAGGAAAAUGAGAAGUUCCUUAAGGAUGAAAAAAUGAAAGAUUCGAAAGAAGAAAAAGAGACUAUACUCGCAGAUAAAGAAAUGGAAAUGUUCUGCUUAAGUGUUAAAGAUGAGGUAAUCAGCAUGCACUUAAUAGAAAAAGAAGCAGAUACUGAAAAGCAUGAAAAGAAUUUAAAGGAAAAUAAGGAGAAACGAACCUCAGCCAAAGAAAAAGAUGUUGAAAAGGCAGAAAGAAAAAAUGGAGAAAAAGAGAAAAAAAUAAAACAUGAAUGUAAGACAGAGAAAGCAGAAGUAAAUGAAAAUAUGGAGAAAGUAAAGGAAAAGACCAAUUUCCAGCAAGCUGAAAGAUGCCAUAAGGAGAACGAUAAAAUAAAAAGCACAGGUGCUCUUAAGAAACUUGAUGAGAAAGAAAAAAAUAAAGAAAAGAUGGAAAAGAAGCAUGACAAAGAAAAGGUUGAUAAAGACAGACAUUUGGCUGACAGCAAAGAAAAACACUGUAUUGAAAGAAAAGUCAAACAGUCUGAAAAAGAAUCUGAAUAUACUAAGUCAGAAAAAAAUAGAACUAAAGACAAGGAAAAGGAACCUGAAAGAAGAGACAAAUCCAAAGACAAAGAGACUUCAACAGUAGUGAACUCAAAACACGUGCAAGAAGAAAGAAGGUGCAACAUUGCGGACAGUAAUAAAUCAAUGCAUGACAAACUGACGUCUUUGAAAGAAAAGCAAAAAGAUGAUUUCUUGAAAACUCCAGACGGUAGAGAGAAAGAUAAAAAAGAUAAAGAUAUAGACAGGUACAAAGAGAGAGACAAGCAUAAACAGCAUCAAAGUAGUUUACUUAAACUAAAACUCGAACAUGAGAAACUUAAGCCUAAAACUUCUCCUGCACCAAAGGAUGCUCGACCUAAAGAGAAAAGGUUAGUCAAUGAUGAUUUAAUGCAAACUAGUUUUGAAAGAAUGCUUAGCCUUAAAGAUCUGGAAAUUGAGCAGUGGCAUAGAAAACAUAAAGAAAAAAUAAAACAGAAAGAGAAGGAACGUUUACGAAAUCGCACUUGUUUAGAACUUAGCAAGAUAAAAGAGAAACAGAGACAGUCGUUACCUGAAGUAAAAAACAAAGAACUUACUCGUUCAAAAAGCUCAGAGUUGCCAGAUUUUUGCAUGAAGGAGAAACAGCAGAAAGAAGCUACGAGUAGUAGAUCCCAGUCGGUAGAUACAAGAAAUGUAAACGUUAUAAAGUCUUUAUUGGUUUUGGAUAAUGCGAAUAAAUCCCCCAAAUCAGAAGGUGAAAAGAUGGGACUGAGCUCCAAAUCCGUGUCCAUCAUUUCUGUUGCAAGUUCUGAGGAUUCCUGCCAUACCACAGUAACUACUCCAAGGCCUGCAAUGGAAUGUGACUCCGAUUUUGUGCUAGAAGGCGCUGAUUCCCAAAUGUCUUUUUCACAAUCACCAUUUUUGCCAACUGCCAAAUCGCCUGCCCUUCUUGAAAGAGAGACCGAUGGUGUUGCCGAAUUGUCUGAUCGGAUGAAGCCAUCUUUUGCAAACAGGCUUCCACCAGCAUACAUCAGAUCAGCAUCUUUUGAAGACUUCAAACUCGUUUUAAAUGAGUGUAGACCUGUUGUAGAGGUUCGAAGAUGCAGCAUGCCUGCUUCUGUUUCUGAACACAGCAAACCGCCUCGAAUAUCAGAGGAAAAUAACCAGAAUGCUCAGAUGUCAGUCCAGACUUAUCCCAGCACUUCCCCUAAACCAGAACUACCGUGUAGCAUGGUUGAAAGAGAUAUCCAAAGCAGUUUUUCUGGUUUGCGGUCAUCUCCAACUAGAGCUGUUAGCAACAAGCAGGUAACAAUGGGUACAAAUACCAUUAAAAAUACCGCUCAGAUGAGUCCCUCAGAAGAAUGCAAUAUUCAUUUAGAACCAUGUAGUCAAAGUGGUGUGACUCAGCAAACCAAACCUUGGGAUGUGCCUUUUGACAGACUGAAUUCAAUAAACAAUGAGUGUAGCAGCUCAGGUUAUGAUGUAUCAGAGCAAGAUACUAAUAAUUUUGUAGCAAUGCAUAAUUCUGAAACCAGGACAAUAAAAGAGCAAAAAGUAGCUGAAUAUUUGCCUCAGCCUGCUGAGAUCAAGGGAAAUUCCAGUUCUCAAGAAUCUGCAUCAUUUUUGCCUUCACAGUCACCUUGUUCCUUACCUAUCCAGCCACUUCCAGAGGGAUCUAAACACAUUUCUUCACCAGGCAUUAGCAAUCAAGAUUCAUUACCUGUACAACAAAAUCUAGUUCAAACUGUAAGUUCUGCCUUCAAUACAGAUGCUAGUAGCACCAGAGAGACGGAAAAUGUUUUCAUCCCUUCCAACAUUAAGAAGGCUGAUGCACCCCAUGCUAUAUAUUCUGAGGGCUCUGCGAAGGAUAUUUCAGAGAUCUGUGAAAGGGUAAAUGAUUUACCUGUGGUGGUGUUAGAAAGAGAUAUUCCUGAAUCUGAUGGCACUUCACAAUUAAAUGUAAAUUCAUAUGUGUUCAAUAAACUUGUUUGCAAGAAUACUCAGAUUGAAGUGGAUGGUAACACAGUGGAUACUUCAAACUUCAGAAAUGAAAAAGACCAGCAAGAAAAUUUGAUUUCAGUGCAUGUUGUUAACAGUAAAGCUGACACUGAUCUCUGUGAUCUACGUUCAGCAAUGUCGCAGGGAAUUAUGAACAAUUCAUCUAAUAAAAAGCCCUGCACUGCCGACGGAGAGGAUGUGUUGACAGAUGAAGCACCGCAGUACUCUUUAUCUAAUUCAGAAAAUAAUUCACAAGAGAUUAUACAAGAAGAGGUGCAUAAAUACAGUCAAAUAGUUAAACUGGAAGAAAUUGCUGAGGAUCAGAAGAUGGAACAGCAAGAAGUACCUCAAAGAAUCACAAGAAAUAGAGCAAAUGUGCUGGCGAACCAGGGCAAACAGAAUCCUGUUGUCUGCAUGCAGACGUUGGAAAAGGAGUCCGAAUUGUUAGCAUCUAUGAAAGGAAGGAUUAGAUUAACUGAAGAUGAUGAUGGUCAGGUUCAUCAUCCACGUAAGAGAAAGGUGUCUCGCGUACCUCAGCCUGUGCAAGUGAACCCUUCUUUACUGCAAGCUAAAGAGAAAACCCAGCAGUCACUGGCAGCUGUCGUUGAUUCUUUGAAACUUGAAGAGAUACAGCCAUACUGUUCUGAGAGAGCAAAUCCAUAUUUUGAAUACUUGCACAUACGAAAAAAAAUAGAAGAGAAGCGUAAAUUACUGUGCAGUGUUAUUCCUCAGGCACCUCAAUAUUAUGAUGAAUAUGUGACCUUCAAUGGAUCUUAUCUACUGGAUGGCAAUCCCUUGAGCAAGAUAUGCAUUCCAACUAUUACACCUCCUCCCUCGCUGUCAGACCCACUUAAGGAACUAUUUAAACAACAGGAGGUUGUAAGGAUGAAACUACGUUUACAGCACAGUAUUGAAAGGGAAAAGCUUAUUGUUUCUAAUGAGCAAGAAGUCCUCCGUGUUCAUUACCGAGCAGCAAGAACUCUAGCUAAUCAAACACUACCAUUCAGUGCCUGCACUGUUCUGCUGGAUGCCGAGGUUUACAACGUGCCCCUGGAUGCUCAGGCCGAUGACAGCAAAACAUCAGUGAGGGAUCGAUUCAACGCACGACAGUUUAUGUCAUGGUUACAGGAUGUCGAUGAUAAGUUUGACAAAUUAAAGACGUGCCUUUUGAUGAGGCAGCAGCAUGAAGCAGCAGCUUUAAAUGCGGUACAAAGACUGGAGUGGCAGCUCAAACUGCAAGAACUUGAUCCUGCUACAUACAAAUCCAUCAGCAUUUAUGAAAUUCAGGAAUUCUACGUUCCUCUUGUUGAUGUUAACGACGACUUUGAAUUGACACCAAUAUGACAACCAGUACCUACUGGCUCUUGACUUUGGACAGCUAGAGACUGAGGUGCAGUGAUUCACAAAGGUAUUUUUCUUUUCAGACAGAACACUUUAUUAAUGAACGCUUAAUGUAGAAUACUGCCUUUCUCAAUAAUUAUUCAGAAAAACGUGGCAUGGAUUCUAGUUCACAACACAGAGAUGGAUUCUUAUUUUGAAGUCAGUUUCCCAGAAAAUAGCAUUACCCGUAUUUCAAAAUUGCCUAUGGCUUCAGGGCUUAUUGCUGACAAGGAUGAUGAAACGUGGUAAGUUAACAGCGCUGGCAGCUGUUAGUACCAAAAACGGCCACCAAAACAAAAUGAUACCUAAAAUCUGCUUGGAAGCUUUGCAUUAUGGAACUUGGGUAACAGCUGGACGCCCGCAGGGGGGAAAAAGAAAUAAGAUGAAAAGUCUGUAGAAGAAAAAUCAGACUUGGAGGAAAAUAGUCUAUUAAUCUUACUGUAUUUUGUAAAUUACUGUACAGCUUUUUCUUUUUUGAAAAAGAUGUAAUAUUGUCUUCAUUUUUAAAUAAUUUAUUUUAUACAUAGUGUGCAAAUGUAAAUAGUCUUGUAAUUAAUGUUCAAACCUGUACAAAAUAGAUAUUUUAACUGUAAAACUGUUUUUGUCUAAUGUUUUAUUGGACCAAAGUUGUCGUUUUUAUUAAGUGUAGUGUGUUCCUGGUUGGCAGUUCUUUUACUAUGGCAUGUGUUUGAUUUAGCUGCUUGUUUCAUCACCAUGACUGUAAAAGAGUUGAAACUGAACCGUUCUGUAUUGCAUGCUUCACAGAACCCCGAGCUCCUUGACUUCAAUAACUGAAACCUGAACAAGUGUAGCAUUUACAAAACCAUAUUUCAUGUUAGUCUGCUGUUGUAAUGCCAUACCUAUGACUUACUAUGCUGAAAAUAUUUUUGUGUAAAACAAAAACAGAGCAAACAAAGAAAAAAAAAAGCAACAACUUUUUUUUCCUCUUAUAUGGUGGUCUCGUAAUAGAGCCUAUUUUUUCCAACAAAAUGCCUUUGAAUGAAAAUUCUUAAAUUGUAUAUUGUCUAUUUUAAUAUUAAUCUAUGGAAGGAUAUGUAAAUAGUUGUAAAUAUAAUGUUUAAUAAAUUUUAUUGGUCAUGUUA